AUGCGGACGGUUAAGAAGCUUCGCCUGGACAACAACUCAAACACAGGAAGUUGGAGGAGCUUCUCGCUGAAUUCUGAGAGGGCGGAGAGGAUGGCCACCGGGGCGCCGAUGUCCGACACAGGCGACACGGUCGAGAUGGAGGACCCGGCAACCCACUUCCAGGUGCAGAAGCACUCGUGGGAAGGGCUGCGGAACAUCAUCCACGGCAGCCGCAAGAACUCGGGCCUGAUCGUCAACAAGGCUCCCCAUGACUUCCAGUUUGUGCAGAAGACAGACGAGUCCAGUCCCCACUCCCACCGCCUCUACUACCUAGGGAUGCCUUAUGGCAGCCGAGAGAACUCCCUCCUCUACUCUGAGAUCCCCAGGAAGGUCCGGAAAGAGGCUUUGCUGCUCCUGUCUUGGAAGCAGAUGCUGGACCAUUUCCAGGCCACGCCCCACCACGGGGUCUACUCUCGCGAGGAGGAGCUGCUGCGGGAGCGGAAGCGCCUGGGCGUCUUCGGCAUCACCUCCUACGACUUCCACAGCGAGAGCGGCCUCUUCCUCUUCCAGGCCAGCAACAGCCUCUUCCACUGUCGGGACGGGGGCAAGAAUGGCUUCAUGGUGUCCCCCAUGAAGCCACUGGAAAUCAAGACCCAGUGUUCUGGGCCUCGGAUGGACCCCAAGAUCUGCCCUGCCGACCCCGCCUUCUUUUCCUUCAUAAACAACAGUGAUCUGUGGGUGGCCAACAUUGAGACAGGCGAAGAGCAGCGGCUGACUUUCUGCCACAGGGGCUUGUCCAACGUUCUCGAGGACCCCAAGUCUGCAGGCGUGGCCACCUUUGUCAUCCAGGAAGAAUUCGACCGCUUCACCGGCUACUGGUGGUGUCCCACAGCCUCCUGGGAAGGUUCAGAAGGCCACAAGACACUGCGAAUCCUGUACGAGGAGGUCGACGAGUCCGAGGUGGAGGUCAUUCACGUGCCCUCUCCUGCACUAGAAGAGAGGAAGACAGACUCGUACCGAUACCCCCGGACAGGUAGCAAGAAUCCAAAGAUCGCCUUGAAGCUGGCCGAGUUUCAGACUGACAGGCAAGGCAAGAUCGUCUCGACCCAAGAGAAGGAGCUGGUGCAGCCCUUCAGCAUGCUCUUCCCCAGGGCGGAAUACAUCGCCCGGGCCGGGUGGACCCAAGAUGGCAAAUACGCCUGGGCCAUGCUCCUGGAUCGGCCCCAGCAGCAGCUCCAGCUCGUCCUCCUGCCCCCAGCCCUGUUCAUCCCCACCACCGAGAAUGAGGAGCAGCGGGAGGCCUUCGCCAGAGCCGUGCCCAGUAAUGUCCAGCCGUACGUGGUGUACGAGGAGGUCACCAACGUGUGGAUCAACGUUCAUGACAUCUUCUACCCCUUCCCCCAAUCAGAGGGGGAGCACGAGCUCUGCUUCAUCCGCGCCAAUGAAAGCAAGACCGGCUUCUGCCACUUGUACAAGGUCACCACCGUGCUGCAGCCCAAUGGGUACGACUGGAGCGAGCCCUUCAGCCCCGGGGAAGAUGAAUUUAAGUGCCCUGUCAAGGAGGAGAUCGCGCUGACCAGCGGUGAAUGGGAGGUUUUGGCCAGGCAUGGCUCUAAGAUCUGGGUCAAUGAGAAGACGAAGCUGGUGUACUUCCAGGGCACGAAGGACACGCCCCUGGAGCACCACCUCUACGUGGUCAGCUACGAGUCGGCCGGGGAGAUUGUGCGCCUCACCACGCCCGGCUCCUCCCACAGCUGCUCCAUGAGCCAGAAUUUCGACAUGUUCAUCAGCCACUACAGCAGCGUGAGCACACCACCCUGCGUGCAUGUCUACAAGCUGACCGGCCCCGACGAUGACCCUCUACACAAGCAGCCUCAGUUCUGGGCCAGCAUGAUGGAGGCAGCCAGCUGCCCCCCCGAUUAUGUGCCCCCGGAAAUCUUUGACUUCCAUACGCGGUCCGAUGUGCGGCUCUACGGCAUGAUCUACAAGCCGCACGCUGUGCAGCCCGGGAAGAAGCACCCCACUGUCCUCUUCGUGUACGGAGGCCCCCAGGUGCAGCUGGUCAAUAACUCCUUCAAGGGAAUAAAGUAUCUGCGGCUCAACACGCUGGCGUCCCUGGGCUACGCCGUGGUUGUGAUCGAUGGCAGGGGCUCAUGUCAGCGAGGUCUUCGGUUUGAAGGGGCCCUGAAAAACCAAAUGGGCCAGGUGGAGAUUGAGGACCAGGUGGAGGGCCUGCAGUACGUGGCCCAGAAGUAUGGCUUCAUCGACCUGAGCCGGGUGGCCAUCCACGGCUGGUCCUACGGAGGCUUCCUCUCGCUCAUGGGGCUGAUCCACAAGCCUCAAGUGUUCAAGGUGGCCAUCGCAGGUGCCCCGGUCACGGUCUGGAUGGCCUAUGACACAGGGUACACGGAACGUUAUAUGGACGUCCCGGAGAACAACCAACUUGGCUAUGAGGCAGGCUCCGUGGCCCUGCACGUGGAGAAGCUGCCCAACGAGCCCAACCGCCUGCUCAUCCUGCACGGCUUCCUGGAUGAGAACGUGCACUUUUUCCACACGAACUUUCUUGUCUCCCAGCUGAUUCGAGCCGGAAAACCUUACCAGCUCCAGAUCUACCCCAACGAGAGACACAGCAUCCGCUGCCCUGAGUCCGGCGAGCACUAUGAAGUCACGCUGCUGCACUUUCUACAAGAAUACCUCUGA